CCCCGGUCCCGGCCGCAUUCCCCGGUCCCGGCAGCAUUCCCCGGUCCCGGCCAUGAGCCGCCUCAGCGGCGGCUGGGACGGCGCCGGCGAGGAAGUCCGGCUCCUCCUGGACCUAUGCCUUCAGUGUUUGACAAAGAACCUUUCCAGAUAUGCUGCAGAUAUUAAGUCACUGCCACCCAACAUAAAGGAUAAACUGAUUAAAUUAAUGAGUAGGCAAGGGCAAAUAACUGAUUCAAAUAUCAGUGAGGUACUGCACCCUGCUGUCGAGUCUCUAGACCUCCGAGACUGUGAUAUUUCAGAUAAUGCGUUACUGCAGCUUUAUAACUGCAAGCAGCUGAAAAAAAUCAACUUGAAUUCUUGCAAGGAAAACAGAUUUGGAAUCACUUCAGAAGGUGUCAUAGCACUGGCCUUAUCCUGCCCUUACCUGCAAGAAGCAUCUUUUAAAAGGUGCUGUGAUAUAACUGACAGUGGAAUUCUUGCUCUUGCACUCAACUGCCAAUUCCUACAAAUAGUGAACUUGGGUAGCUGUUCAGGCAUCAUGGAUGCAUCUCUGAAGGCACUAGGAGAAAACUGCAAGUUUCUUCACAGUGUGGACUUUUCAUCUACUCAGGUAACAGAUGAUGGCGUUGUAGCACUGGUGAGUGGAACAUGUUCGAAGAAUUUAAAGGAGAUCCACAUGGAGCGCUGUGUGAACCUGACCGAUGUCGCCGUGGAAGCCGUCCUUAAUUGUUGUCCGAAGAUACACAUUUUUCUGUUCCAUGGAUGCCCACUGAUAACAGAUCGCUCCCGAGAUGUUUUAGAGGAGCUCAUCAUAUCAAACAAAAUCAAGCAAGUCACAUGGACUGUUUACUGAUUAUUUAUCCUGUACAAAUGAGUGUCAAGUUUACAGAUGGGAGAGCCCUUUCAGCAAGCAAGCACCUUGGAGAACCAGCUGGUGACUUUUGUACCACCAGAUUGUGUCCCUCCUGGUUCCCACUGGAGGUCUCUGUUGCUAUUCCAGUCCUUGCCUGUGAGUCUGGGCUUCCCCAUUGUCUCUGCUUGGAGCUCUGUCUCUCUUUGCAUCGCUGAGGAUACUUCAUUAAGAGGAAAGUUAAACUGUAAUUAACACUACACUGAGCCAUAGCUCAGCCUCCUUGAAGUAUCAGGCUUGGCUGCUCCUUGGCAUCCUUUAGCAACUUAGCUACAUGUACAGACCCACUUUAAGUAACUCUGAGUUUGUAGGCUGGGAAGGUACUUGCAACUAAAAGUACCAAGCCUAAACACAUCAUUGACACUCACACAGAAGUGUCUGUAAAGUUGGCAGUUAAAUCUGACAAAAGUCAUCAGACAGAACAGGUGAAUGGAGGUGGCAUUAAGAGCAAUACAAAUGUAUUUUUAGUAGUAACAAUCUCCUUUCACCAUGUACUUCUGCUAGAUCUGGAAUGAAAAAUGUAGGCACCUUUCUUCUGAUGUUACUGAUGCUGCAGAUUUCUGGUUUUACUUACCAUCAAAUACUUGCUGGCUUUUUAUGUAUCCAAAGCUACAGUCUGUAAAUGUGUGAACAUAAACUUGCUUUGGAAUUGUUAUGGUGACUUUACAAAUUUCAGAGUAGUAGCUAUGACCUGUAAAAGAGUUUUGUAUAUGGGCAAAUACUUAAUUUGCUCUGGCUUUUGCCUACGUUUCUACAUGAAAAUCCUUUUAGGGAACAAAACAUUGGUACUCAUAAGCAUAGCUGUGAGUGAAAUAGGACCAAAUUUUGCGUUUGAGUAUAUAAAUCUCAGGAUGGUAGAGUUCAGUAGAGUAUGUGUUCUGCUGUAUGCAGUUUAUUAUAUAUCCAGGGUCCCCCAGAAGCUGAAAAUAACAAUAAAUGUAUUGUUUAAUUAUAGUCAUAUUAAAGAAAAAAUUUUUGAAUUGUAGAAUGAGUUGAUUACAUGAUGGAGCAGUGGUCUCAUCACAGUUACAAGUCAUGUUCAUUGGCUUUCUUGAACCAGCAUAAUCUCUCAUGAGAAUUCUGUGAUUUCUGCAUUAAACUUCUUAAAUGCUAGCAAUUUUAGCAUUGUACAGGGCAUGGAGCACACUAGGUUGAUACUCUAUGUGGAAGUAGAAGGGUUUAGCUAGGGUGGUCUUAGAUGAAUCCUGAGGACAUUUGGAAACUUAUGAGUUUAGGCAACUAUAAUGAAUAUGUUUACUUUACAAUUUAACACCUGUCAUAGCCACACUUAUUUUAAGUGUUGCAGAAAUAAACCAGUCUUCUACUAAUCUAUUCAAAGUUCAAGCAAAUUGCAUGGAAGAUACAUGUUGCAGCCAAUAUUAAAGGAUAUUAUGAUGUCUGACAAGGAUCUCGUUCUUGUGAUUAUAUGGUUCAUGAAAGAGCAAAUCUAUUUAGAAAAGUUGUUCAAGUGUAACUAAAAGCAUAAUUUUCCAACUCCAGUGCCUAAAUCCCUUACUCUUGUUGCAUGGAGUACCAUGGCUCAGCCCAGUGAUGAGUGUGUUACUGUGAUCCCUCUAGGUACAGCUGCACCAGCACAAACCAUUCUUGCAAACAGGAGUUGAUUUCGCUACAUUAUCCACAAGCAUCUGAAAGCUGUAACUGCAGCAGAUCCUUGCAUUGGAUAGAUUAAUAACCUAAUCUACCAAGUUUUAUUCCUUUUUUUUGGCUAAGUUUAUUUUUAUACCCUGUGUAGUCCCUGGUAUCAAUCAGGGCCCAUCAUUCCUUUGAACUCUUGGACGUGAGUUGGCAGUAAAUUUGUUUUGCACUAUUUUUGAUAUUGAUCCAUCUAGCUGAUUAGGCAGCAGCAAUGAGAGGCUCAGUAAUUGUGUCCAAUGGGUAAAGCAUUCCUGGUUUCAGGAAGGUUGCCACAAAAAGACUAAGUGGAAUUGAAAGUUAACUGAAGAAGGGAGGAGCCUUGGGAGGUUUCAAGUAUAACUUCCUGCCCAAAGUAGGGCCAGCUCAAAGCUCAAACCAGCUUAGUCCACGCUUUAUCCAGCCAAGUCUUGAAAAACUGAAGGUACAGAGCCUUCACAACCCUUUGAGGCAACUUGUUCCACUGCUUGACUGUAUUAAUGCUGAAAUUUUUUUCCUUCUGUCCUGUUUGACCCUAUUUUGUGUCAACACCCUUCCUCUCGCUGGUAGAGCCUGGCUGUCAUCCUGAUGGCCUCCUCAUAGGUGUGGUCAGGCUGCUCAGACCUUCCUUGAAGCCCUGUCUUUUCCAAGCUGAACAAGUCCAGUUCCCUCACUCUGUUGCUGGCACGUAACAAUUCAUGUUAUGUUACAAAGUGGUGGCCACCAGACUCCCAAGUGCUACAUCCAGAAAGAAAGUUACAAAUUAAGCUUAUGUACAGUAGCGAGAGGUGGAAGACCACCAAACUCUGUAAUAGCACAGGACACUUAAAAAAAAUUGCCUGUGGGACAAUACUACUGCUAACCUCACUGGCAAAGUUGUCCUUUCCCCCCUUGCUAAUGUAACCUUGGAUUUGUCAUGUUGUUAUGUCGAAGGCAAAUGCAGCCUAUAGUGUGUCCUUAAAUGGGCGUGUAGAUUUACCAUUUUCCCCUACAGCCUCUUCUAAAUGUCUAACUUAGUGCUUAAAAAAUCUGUACAACAGGGCAACGAGUUAACACCACAUUUUUAGGUUUGAAAGUUUAAUGUAAGUCACUUUAAAUCCUUCCCCAGUAGAACUUUUACAUGUUUCUUACUUGCAUAACUCUACUGGAGUAUUUUUUGAUUCAGGUUAAAUCACAGUAAUUUUCAACAAAUGUUGGCAAGCACUGGGUGAAGUGGGAGAAGAACAUCAUGUAUGUGCUUACCACUUCCUAUUUCUGUAUUGUUUGGAUAUUGUUACUGUUGCAAAAUGUUGGGUGAGCACUGCAGAAUAUUCACAUAUUGUUCAGGUGAUUAAAGUUUGUAAGACAUCUGUUUGGGUAGUUCUGGAAACUUGUUAAAUUACAUAACAUGUA